ACACGUCCCGGCACCGCCCGCCGCUGGGCUCCAGCCGCCAUUUUGUGUGAGCCGUAGCCGGGUUUGGGCGGGUUUCGGAGCCGCGGGGAGGGAGCCGGGCUCUUGCCUGUGUCGCCAUGCCUUCCUCGCCGCUCCGUGUGGCUGUGGUGUGCUCUAGCAACCAGAACCGUAGCAUGGAGGCGCACAACAUCCUCAGCAAACGAGGAUUCAGUGUCCGAUCCUUUGGAACAGGGACUCAUGUGAAACUGCCAGGACCAGCACCGGACAAGCCGAAUGUUUAUGAUUUCAAAACAACAUACGAUCAGAUGUACAAUGAUCUGCUUAGGAAAGACAAAGAACUAUAUACACAGAAUGGGAUUUUACACAUGUUGGACAGAAAUAAGAGAAUCAAGCCACGACCAGAAAGAUUCCAGAACUGCAAAGAUAUCUUUGAUUUGAUCCUAACGUGUGAAGAAAGAGUCUAUGAUCAAGUAGUAGAAGAUUUAAAUUCCAGAGAGCAGGAGACAUGUCAGCCAGUACAUGUGAUCAAUGUGGACAUUCAGGAUAAUCAUGAGGAGGCCACCCUGGGUGCUUUCCUUAUUUGUGAGCUCUGCCAGUGUAUACAGCACACAGAAGACAUGGAAAAUGAAAUAGAUGAGCUGUUACAGGAAUUUGAAGAGAAAAGCGGAAGGACUUUUCUUCAUACUGUCUGCUUUUAUUAAAGCACGUCUGUCUCUUAGGCCUUAAUACAGAUGAAAGAAGCAUGUAUUUAAAGUUCUGAUUAUACUGUAUUUUCCUGGAAAAUGAAUGCUGAUUUUUUUUUUUAAAUGAUUUUCAGUGUUUUUUUUGUUUGUUUGUUUCAGGUAUUCUGCCACAGGCAGGCAGAAAUACUGGUUAAAUUGUACAUAUUAAAUGAUUAAAAGUAUACAGAAAGGCCAUCUAUUUAAAAAUAAAAAUCAAGAUUUUCUUUAAAUCCUACUUUAAUUGUUACAAGUAGGUUUUUAAUUAUAAAGAGAAUGUUUCUUGAAUAUGUUUAUAAUGUAUUUUUCCAGCUUACAAAUUUUUUUUUUUUUUUUUUUUUUUUUUUUUUUUUUUUAUGUAACAGAUGGAAUGGCUGGACUGUGUGAAGAUAUGAGUGGAACAAUGAAACUGAAUAUCUGUAUAUUAUUAGAUUUAAAAUUGGAAGCAUCCAAUAAAAGUGAAAAAUCUGUA